AUGUCUGACAACGAACAAAGCCAACAGCCCGAACACAUUAACAUUAAAGUCGUCGAUCGCAACUCACAAGAAGUAUUCUUCAAGAUCAAAACGACAACUAAACUUGGCAAACUGAUGGACGUCUAUGCAAACCGAAUCGGACAUGAUCCCAACACAAUACGCUUUAUCUUUGAUGGUGUCAAGGUCAAAGCUGAUGAUACCCCACUCGAUCUCGACAUGAGUGACAACGACAGGAUUGACGUGAUGGUCGAGCAGGUUGGAGGAGCGAAUCUGAAGCUUUUAUGCUUGCCCGCCUCUCGUCCUUUGACACCUAGCUCACAACAAAAUUAUUAA